CCGGGGGCCGCGGGCGACACCGGCGCGGGGCCAAGCUCGGCCGCGAUGGGCCGCCGCCGCCUGCUCUGGCUGUGCGCCGUCGCGGCGCUGCUCUCGGGGGCGCAGGCCAAGGGCACCCCGCUCCUGGCGCGGCCCGCGCCGCCCGCGGCCGCCCGCUACAGCCUCUACACGCCGGGAUGGCGCCCGCGCCCGCGGCCGCACAAGGCCCUCUGCGCCUACGUGGUGCACAGGAACGUGACCUGUGUCCUACAGGAGGGAGCCGAGAGCUACAUAAAGGCUGAGUACCGGCAGUGUGGCUGGGGGCCCAAGUGCCCGGGGACCAUCACGUACCGCACAGUGCUCAGGCCCAAAUACAAGGUCGGCUACAAGACAGUGUCAGACCUCGCCUGGCGCUGCUGCCCUGGCCUCACCGGAGAGGGCUGCCCCGAGCACCUCCGGGGUCACGGCGCCACACCGCAGCCGGAGCCUGAGUCCCCGAUUCCCUCUGAGGAUUUGGGCCCUGGCCCCAGGCCCCCUCCUUCUGGCAGAGUGCCCCCCAGCCUCCAUGGAUGGAAAGGCCCUGGGUUGUUUGCCGAGCGGCUCGAACGGCUGGAGGCGGAUGUCCGGCGCCUGGCACAAGCGUACGGGACCCUCAGUGGCCUGGUGGCCAGCCACGAGGACCCCACUCGGGUGAAUGGUGACUCCAGGGCUCCUGUGGUACCCGUGGGCUUUGGGGUUAUCCCCGAGGGGGUUGUGAGCCCCGGACACGGAGCUGGCAGGCCGCUUACACCUCCCCUGGAUGAGCUCUUGAGCAAGGUGACCGAGGUGAGUGACACGCUCCAGACCAAGGCGCGGCUUCUGGACGAAGUGCACGGGCUGGCCCUGGACCACGAGGCCCACCUGCAGAGGCUGCGGGCGGUGGCCCCUUCUCCGCUCACCUCCCUGGCCCUGUUGGAUGAGUACGUGGAUCAGCGCCUGCACCGGCUCUGGGGCAGCCUGCUGGACGGCUUCGAGCAGAAGCUGCAGAACGUCCAGAGCGAGUGUGGCCUGCGGGUGCAGGAGGUGCGGCAGCAGUGUGAGGAGGGCCAGGCGGCCAGCGAGAGGCUGCACCAGAGCCUGGAUGGCCGCGAGCUGGCCCUGCGCCGCGAGCUCUCCCAGCUGGGCACCCAGCUGCAGGGCCUGAGCGUGGUGGGCGGUGCCACCUGCUGCGGCCAGCUGGCCUUGAUCGGUGCCCGGGUGGACAGCCUGGAGCAGCACCUGCAGGGGGUCCCCGAAGCACCAAGGGGCCGUGGCCCCCUCACCCGGGAGGAACUCACACAGCUCUCCGCUGCCAUGCUCGACGGGGGUGCAGACGGGCUGCUCGAGGGCCUGGAGACACUCAAUGGGACGGAGCGGGGCACGAGGGGCUGCUGUGGGGGGGUGGGGGAGGAGGCGUGGGGCGCAGGCGGCUUCAGGACCCUGCUGGAGGGGCGGGUGCAGAGCCUGGAGGAGCGCCUGGGGAGCCUGGCCGGGGAGCUUAAUGGUGAUGGUGCCCCCCCAGGUAGGGCAUCCCAGCCCCCCGUGCAGACUGAGCUGGCGGUGCUGGAGCAGCGGCUGGUGUCGCUGGAGACUUCGUGCACCCCCAGUGCCACCUCGGCCAUCCUGGACACGCUGGUGGCCGAGGUGAAGGCCUGGCAGAGCCAGAGCGAGGCACUCCUCCGCCAGGUGGCCAGCCACACCGCUCUGCUGCAGCAGCUCCGUGGCACCGUGGCUGAGGUCCAGGGGCAGCUGGCGGAAGCGACGGGCAGCUCCCUGCAGGGCGAGAUCACCCUGCUCAAGGUGAACUUGAACUCCGUGAGCAGGUCCCUCUCGGGCCUCAGCGACUCUGUCAGUCAGUACACGGACGCCUUCCUGGCCGCCAACUCGUCCCUGGACGAGCGGGAACGCCGCGUAGAGGCUGAGGUCCACGCCAUCCAGGAGCAGCUCAGCGGCCAUGGCUCCCGGCUCCACGCUGGCCACAGGCAGGUCCUCAGUCUGCGGGGCGAGCUGGAGCAGCUCAAGGCUGGCGUCGCUGACGUGGCUGGUGGGCUGAGCCGCUGCCGGGACACGGCCCGGGAACUCCAGCACGCGGUGGGCCACUUUGACCGCAGGGUGGCUCAAGUGGAGGGUGCCUGUGGGAGGCUGGGCCUGCUGGAGGCCGGCUUGGACAACGCGCCCCACGAGACACACGGACCCCGCGAGGGGCUGUGGGGCCACCUGGACCAGCUGAACCGCACACUGGCCCAGCACGCCCAGGAUAUUGCCCGCCUCCAGGAUGACCUGCUCCACUGCAGGGCGCAGCUGGCUGGGCAGGAGCGGCCCGGGAGAACAGACUAGGUGGGCUGGGCAGGGCUCU